AUGUUUAAACUAAACACUGCAACCAAGUUAUUUUACAAUAUUCGAAAAUAUAGUGUAUCAACAGUUGAUGGCAUCGCAAAUAUGUCUAAGGAAUUAAUUCUAUAUCAUUAUCCGCAAUCAACAUUCGCGGAGAAGGUGAGAACGGCGAUGGGUUUAAAAAAAUUAAAAUGGUUUUCCGUUAUCACAAAUCGAAUUCCUCCAAGACCUCAUCUUGAUGUUCUUACUGGCGGUUAUCGACGAAUACCUGUGCUACAGGUUGGUGCUGAUAUGUAUUGUGACAGUCAUCUGAUUCUGCGUACUCUGGAUCGCCUUCGACCCGAUUCGCCAUAUUUUUUCUCCAACAGAUUAACACAACCUCUGUGUUGGUGGUGGGAUAAAGCAAUGUUUGAAGAAUUGCUUAGGCUACGAGUUGGUCUUCAUGGCGAUCAAUUGCCGAAAGAGUGGCUCUCAGAUCGACAAAAAUUCGCCCCUAAAAUUACUUUUACCAAGGCAGAUAACGAGAAAGAUAUACCGUUGAUAGUACAGCGUAUCAAUGCACAUCUUGCAUGGCUCACGAACAUGCUCGACGACGGCAGAAUAUUUCUACUCGGAGAUUCGAUGCCAUCUGCAUUCGAUAUUACUGCUUAUCAUUUGCUUUGGUUCAUCAAAGUAAAUUUUGAAAAUGAAACGAAAGAUUUCUUUCCAGAACUAUCUCAACCAAGAGUAGUUUCAUGGUUUCAGCGUAUCGCUGCGCUAGGUCAUGGUACAAGCAUAGACAUAACUGCAGAAGAAGCAUUCAAAAUAGCAAAACACGUCGAACCAAGUGAACCAAAUUACAUUCAUAGCAAAAGAAACAGCAAAUGGCAUAAAGGGCAACUUUUACAAGUUCUACCAAAUGAUAUGGGUCGUGAACCUGUACAGGGAACAUUUAUUGCAGCAGAUGAUUAUGAAAUAGUGCUUCGCCGUUCAAAUGAAAGCAUAGGCAAUAUCAAUGUUCAUUUUCCUCGUGCUGGAUUUGAUAUUACUGAAAUAAAAUAG